UGUGGCUUAUCAGGAACUUAUAUGCCAGUUUUGGUCUUUCUGGAAGGUAUAUGAGUUCCCGCGCAAGUCUGCUUUUCACUUCUCGUCCUUACCCACCUCACUGCCACCAAGCAGUUGAACACCCCACGCUCUCAUCAAAAAUUCUAGCUUUACACUUUACUCUACACACUGCGAGUCGACCGUUAUCUCACCUCAACUAUCAGUAUGCCUAAGAUGGACAUCCUCGACUGUUCCCGUAGAGACCUGCUGUCGUGGAUAGACCUCCGAGCGCAAAUGCCCUGUCCCAAGAUCAUGGUCGGCGCCGCCAUCGUCCGCCGUGGACCCUCUGGAGCCGAGACUUUGAUCCUCAAGAACAAGCCCGGUCGUGAUAACCACAACCUCCACGAGAUUCCCGGGGGCAAGAUGAAGGAUACCGACCCUACUGUUCGAGACGCCAUCCUCCGGACGGUCGCCGAGUCGGUCUCUCUUCAGGUGAUUGAUGUCUGGAAUUGCCUUCAGCCAAUCCUCGACGUCCAGGAAGAGAAUGUGGAGGACGCGUCUACCAAAAAGAAGGAAAUCGCAGAGAAUGGUGUUGCAGGCCCGUCUUUACAUGCUGCCCAGCCUGUCGUGAUCAGGCGCCCGGUGAUUCACUUCAAUUUUGUUGUCAUUACCAGAGGAGAUGGAGCUGGCUUCCAGGUCAACGUGGAGGAGCACGAGAUGGGAAUUUGGGUUGAUGCUGAGAAGAUCGCUGACUUCGACAUGAAAGAGGCUAUGAGGGACGUUGUGAAGAUGGCAGUCAGGCUUUAGGUACAUGCGAUUGUUAUCGGGCUGCAUUCAGGUCGUUGCCUCAUGUGGGCGCCUACAUCAAGCCUCUUAAAACAAGAUGAGAUGAAUAGAUAGAUCACCAGUUUUGA